CCACCAACUAGCAAGACACAUCAAAAUGGCUGCCCGUCCAGAUAUCCACCUCUACACGACCCAGACUCCCAACGGGAUCAAGAUCUCCAUCACGCUCGAGGAGCUCGGCUUGCCCUACAAGGUCACCAAGAUUGAUAUCUCCAAGAACACCCAGAAGGAGCCAUGGUUCCUUGAGAUCAACCCCAAUGGCCGCAUUCCAGCUUUGACCGAUACCUUCAGCGAUGGCAAGACCAUCCGGCUUUUCGAGUCCGGCAGCAUCCAGCAGUAUCUUGUCGACCAGUACGACAAAGACUACAAGAUUUCCUACCCAAGGGGAACGAGGGAGUACUAUGAGAUGAACAACUGGCUCUUCUUCCUCAACGCAGGCGUGGGACCAAUGCAAGGUCAGGCCAACCACUUCGGCCGUUACGCUCCCGAGCACAUCGAAUACGGAGUCAAGCGCUACGUCAACGAGACGCGUCGCCUGUACGGAGUCCUGAACGCGCACCUCGAGAAAUCAACAUCCGGAUACCUCGUUGGGGACAAGUGCACCAUUGCCGACAUCGCGCACUGGGGCUGGGUGACAUCUGCCUUCUGGGCCGGCGUCGACAUUAAUGAGUUCCCGGCCUUGAAGGCUUGGGAUGAGAGAAUGCUUGCGCGACCAGGCGUCGAGAAGGGAAGACAUGUGCCGGACCCGCACCGCAUGAAGGAGUUGCAGAACGACCCGGCCAAGAUUAAGGAGCAUGCUGAGGCGUCCAAGCAAUGGGUGCAAGCGGGAAUGGCAGCUGAUGCAAAGAAAUGAGCGAUGAU